AUGGGGUCAGCUGUCGAAAGGACGGAUGAACAUGUCCGAGAAUACUUGAUAUAUCGCGGUUUCACCAGCACACUGAAGCACCUAGACUCUGAUAUAAAAGCAGACAAGGAGAAAGGAUUCAGAGUAUGUAUGAAACAGUGUAUUUGAAGUCAUUUAACCAUCCAGGUAUUGCAAAGCACAACAGCAGUAGCUUGGUCCCAGCGUUGGCAAGACAGCACAAACAGAUGUGGGACCAGGCUAUAGCAGUAGCUUAUAGCCUUGUCACUCUGACCGAUGUAGACAGGUGAGAAGUUAGAUCUUUGUAUGUACACUGUAUAUACAAAAGUAUGUGGACACCCCUUCAAAUUAGUGGAUUUGGCUAUUUUCAGCCACACCCGUUGCUGACAGGUGUACAAAACCGAGCACACCGCCAUGCAAUCUCCAUAGACAAACACUGGCAGUAGAAUGGCCUUACUGAAGAGCUCAGUGACUUUGAACGUUGCACCUUCAUAAUGUCUGCCCUGGUAGAGCUGCCCCCGAUCAACUGUAAGUGCAGUGAUUGCGAAGUGGAAACGUUUAGGAGCAACAACGGCUCAGCCGCGAAGUGGUAGGCCAAACAAGCUCACAGGACUGGACCGCUGAAGCGCCUAGCGUGUACAAAUCGUCUGUCCACGGUUGCAACACUCACUACCGAGUUCCAAACUGUUCGUUGGGAGCUUCAUGAAAUGGGUUUCCAUGGCCAAGCAGCUGCACACAAGCCUAAGAUCACCAUGAGCAAUGCCAAGCGUCGGCUGGAGUGGUGUAAAGCUCGCCACCAUUGGACUCUGGAGCAGUGGAAACGUGUUCUCUGGAGUGAUGAAGCAUGCUUCACCAUCUGGCACCAUCGCCCAACAUCAGUGCCCGACCUCACUAAUGCUAUUGUGGCUGAAUGGAAGCAAGUCCCCGCAGUAAUGUUCCAACAUCUAGUGGAAAGCCUUCCCAGAAGAGUGGAGGCUGUUAUAGCAGCAAAGGAGGGACCAACUCCAUAUUAAUGGCCAUGAUUUUGGAAUGAGAUGUUUGAAGAGCAGGUGUCCACAUACUUUUGGUCAUGUAGUGUAUAUGUAUAUACCAGUGGAGGCUGCUGAGGGGAGGACUGGCUCAUAAUAAUGUCUGGAAUGGAGUCAAUGGAAUGGUAUCAACCUCAUGGAAACCACGUGUUUGAUGUGUUUGACGCCAUACCAAUGACUCCAUUCCAGCCAUUAUUAUGAGCCGUCCUCCCUUCAGAUGUCUCCACUGGUAUGUACAGUUUAAGUCGGAAGUUGACAUACACUUAGGUUGGAGUCAUUAAAACUUGUUUUUCAACCACUCCACUAAUUUCUUGUUAACAAACUAUAGUUUUGGCAAUUCGGUUAGGACAUCUACUUUGUGCAUGACACAAGUAAUCUUUCCAACAAUUGUUUACAGACAGAUUAUUUCACUUAUAAUUCACUGUAUCACAAUUCCGGUGAAUUUUGGCCCAUUCCUCCUGACAGAGCUGGUUUAACUGAUUGAAGUUUGUAGGCCUCCUUGCUCGCACACGCUUUUUCAGUUCUGCCCACAGAUUUUCUACACGAUUGAGGUCAGGGCUUUGUGAUGGCCACUCCAAUACCUUCACUUUGUUGUCCUUAAGACCAUUUUGGGACAACUUUGGAAGUAUGCUUGGGGUCGUUGUCCAUUUGGAAGACCAAUUUGCGACCAAGCUUUUAACUUCCUGACUGAUGUCUUGAGAUGUUGCUUCAAUAUAUCCACAUCAUUUUCCUUCCUCAUGAUGCCAUCUAUUUUGUGAAGUGCACCAGUCCCUUCCUGCAGCAAAGCACCCCCACAGCAUGAUGCUGUCCACCCCCGUGCUUCACGGUUGAGAUGGUGUUCUUCGGCAUGCAAGCCUACCCCUUUUUCCUCCAAACAUAACGAUGGUCAUUAUGACCAAACAGUACUAUUUUGUUUCAUCAGACCAGAGGACAUUUCUCCAAAAAGUAAGAUCUUUGUCCCCAUGUGCAGUUGCAAACCGUAGUCUGGCUUUUUUUUAUGGUGGUUUUGGAGCAGUGGCUUCUUCCUUGCUCAGCGGCCUUUCAGGUUAUGUUGAUAUAGGACUCGUUUUACUGUGGAUAUAGAUACUUUUGUACCUGUAUCCUCCAGCAUCUUCACAAUGUCCUUUGCUGUUGUUCUGGGAUUGAUUUGCACUUUUAGCACCAAAGUACGUUCAUCUCUAGGACACAGAACGCGUCUCCUUCCUGAGCGGUAUGACGGCUGUGUGGUCCCAUGGUGUUUAUACUUGCGUACUAUUGUUUGUUAGACGAAUGUGAAUGUGGUACCUUCAGGCAUUUGGAAAUUGCUCAGAAGGAUGAACCAGACUUGUGGAGGUCUACCAUUUGUUUUCUGAGGUCUUGGCUGAUUUCCUAGAGGCACUGAGUUUGAAGGUAGGCCUUGAAAUACAUCCACAGGUACACCUCCAAUUGACUCAAAUGAUGUCAAUUAGCCUAUCAGAAGCUUCUAAAGCCAUGACAUCAUUUUCUGGAAUUUUCCAAGCUGUUUAAACCCACUGGAAUUGUGAUACAGUGAAUUAUAAGUGAAAUAAUCUGUCUGUAAACAAUUGUUGGAAAAAAAAAAAUUACUUGGGUCAUGCACAAAGUAGAUGUCCUAGCCGAAUUGCCAAAACUAUAGUUUGUUAACAAGAAAUGUGUGGAGUGGUUGAAAAACGAGUUUUAAUGACUCCAACCUAAGUGUAUGUAAACUUCCGACUUCAACUGUAUUUAUGAGGUACUUGUCAAAACCUUUUGCUCUGUAUUUUUAUCCCAGGGUAAACUUUUACAUUAUAUGAAACCUGUUCCGUUUCACUUCAUGAUAUUAAGGUUUAUUGUACCUCUGGACUAUAAAUUAUCAGGUGGAUAAGAUCAUUGAUCAGCUUCAGCUGUUCAUCAAUAGCUUUGACCUGAAUGGCCUGAAGGACUACUGGGGCUAUCUGGACCGGAGACUGUUCUGUAGGCUAGAAGACGUCUACAGACCCACAGUCUCCAAGCUACGGACCAGUCUCUUCAGAUACUACGUUGUUUACACUGUACAGGUGAAUCUUCUUCUUCUUCUUCUUCUUCUUCUUCUUCUUCUUCUUCCAUUAUGUGUGGAUAGCCCAAUGUUGUUGACUGAUUAUUGAUAUACAGCAUGGCCUUUCCCUCUCUCCUCAUCCCUCCUCCCUCUCUUCAUCCAUCCCUCCCUCCCUCCUCUCUCCCCUGUCCUUCCUUCUCUCCCUCCCUCCAUCCAUCCCUCCCCACCCCCCCCCCCUUUUCUCGCUGUCCCCUUCCCAGUUUAAACCCCCUUUGAGAAGCCCAGGAGUUUUUCCAGGGCCCGGUCGGGAUCCAGGGCCAUUUGGGAGUGGCGGGGUUUGGGUUUCCUGCCAUUUACCCCCGGCCCCCGAGCAAAAAACCCCUUUUUCUCGCCGUACUUCCCCCGUCAGUGUUGAACCUUCCUGGUCUCACUCCCCAAAACUUCCUCUCUGUGCUUUUUCCCAGUGCAUGCAUACCCUUUUUUGUUCUGGGCAAACUACAGUACUGACACACAAUGACUUGGACACACUAUAAACUACAGACACAAUGCAGGGGACACACUAUGACUACAGACAACUUGCCUCCAAAAACCUAUGACUACAGACACACAAAGGGCCUCCAGACACUAGGGAUACGACACUUUUAAAUACGCCCACACAAAGGGCCCUACAGCCCAAUUUAUGACACAGACACCAGGGACAAAAGGGACACACUAUGAUACAGACACAUAUCCCUCCCGCCCACUAUGACUCGACACUAGGGACUACAACAAAAUUGGCUACAGACAAAACUAUGAUACAGACCAUUUGGACACAGCCUAGGGAUACAGCCCCAAAUAUGGCACGACACCUAGGGACACGACACACUAGACUACAGACACACUAUGAUACAGACCUAUGACUACGGGAAAAUAUAAACGGGACACAAUAGGGGCCAGCCCACCCUAUACUACAGACACCCCUAGAUAAAAGCCACAUAAAUACGGGACACCUAGGCUACAGCCCACACAUGCCCCAAAGCCCACACUAGGGAAUCAGACACACAUGACCACAACCUAUGAUACAGACACAUAUGACUAAAAGACACAGACUACAGAAAAACCCUAGAUUACAGACACCCAAAUGGCACAGACACACUAGGGAAAACUUAACAAGACACCUAUGAUCCCCGACAUUUAUGACUACGAAAACAUGAACAGCCACACUAGGGCCCUACAGACACACUAUGACUACGACACCCUAGACUACGGGGCCCACUAUGACUCAGACCCCACUAUGACCACAGACCCCCUAUGACUACAGACACAUUAUGACUACAGACCCCCACUAUGACUACGGGGAAAACACGACUCCGGGAACCCCCACUAGGGCUACGGGACACACUAUGACAAAACAGACAAAAUAAAAUCCCGCCACCUAUGAUACAGACACCCUAUGACUACAGACACUAGGGGCUACGACACACUAGGGCUACAAACAUUUGGACUCAGACCACUAUGACUACAGACACCUAUGACUCCCAGACACACUGGGACUACAGACACCUAUGACUACGACACACUUUUAAACCCCCAAAAACCUUUACUUACGCCCACACUAUAAACCCCCGGCCAACUAUGCUACAGACCCACUUUUUACUACAGCACUAACUACGGGACACACUUGCUACAGACCACUAGGGACAAGCCAAAAUAUAAAUCAGACCCACUAUGCCAAACCAGACACACAGGGACUACAGACCCAUGACCACAACACUAUGACUACAGACACACUAUGACUGCAGACACACUAUGACUACAGACACACUAUGACUACAGACACACUAUGACUACAGACACUAUGACUACAGACACACUAUGACUACAGACACACUAUGACUACAGACACACUAUGACUACAGACACACUAUGACUACAGACACACUAUGACCACAGACACACUAUGACUACAGACACACUAUGACUACAGACACACUAUGACUACAGACACACUAUGACACAUACUCUCAGAGGCAAACCAUCAGGUUAAUAUCUGGUUAAUAAUUGACUCACAUUCACUCACUUUGUUUUUGCUUGACUUGGCAGAUGUCAUGCUGCAUCUGCAUCACCCCAGGUUGUGUUAACAGAAUGCCAGAUCUAGUAAAUAGGAAAAUGGAAUCGUUUCAAAACAAGAAAGUAAAGUAAAUGGCAGCUAAACCAUUUCCAUUUAAAUGGAAACACAAAUGUACAUAAAGGGUUUGAGUAGUUUUUUUCCUUGGAAAUAACCCCCCCAAACCUGUGCUUUUAGCUUUUACGCUGAAAAUCCAGGGACCCCUGGUUCAGGAGGAAAACGAACAGCUCAGACAUGUGGUUUUUGUCUUCUCCUUAAAAAAAAAAAAAAAGGGGGGUACCGGGGGAGAAAAAUUUUUGAUAAAUUAAACCAAAAGAAGUUUGGAAAAACCCAGAAAACUCCAACAUUUGAUGACCUUUUUAAUGCCCCGGGGAGGUAUACUCACACCAACGUUUUUUUUUGGGUGUGAUGUUACUUUCCCUACGGGGUUUUUUAAGAAUCACCUUUUUUAAGUCCCCUCCUUUCCAAAAACCCGUGGCGCCUUUGCAUUACUGCUCCCCUCAAAAAGGGCCCAAGGAUGGCUGCUAAAGCUCUCUCCUCGGGGGGGGGGGGGGGGGGGGGGGUUCCCGGGGGUUUUCCGGGGGGGCCCGGGGGGGCCCCCCCCCCCUUUCCCGGGGUUCCCCCCCUUUUUUUGGGCCCCGGGGGUUUUCCCCCCUUUCCCCUCUUCUUGUCCUCUCUCGUUUCCCUCUGUUCUCCGGGUUUCUUCUGUUUUGUUUUUUUGUUUCCCCUUUUCCCCGUUUUUCUCUUCGUCCCCUUUUCUUGUCCUCUUUUCGCUCCUCUCUUCUGCUCCCCCUCUGCCCCCCUCUCCCAAACUUCCCCCCUCUCUCUCUCUCUCUCUCCUCUCUUCCAAAACUCUGCCCCCCUUUUCUCUCUCUCUCUCUCUCUCCCAAAAAAACCCCCCCCCCCCCCCCGCCCCAAAAAACCCCCCCCCCGGGGGAGGGAAAAAAGAAGAGAAGAGAGUGAUAAAAAAAAAAGGGAAAAAAGGGGGGAGGGGGGGGGGAAAGGGGGGGAAAAAAAAGAGGACAAAAUUUGGGGGAUUGAGGGGGAGGGGGGGGGGGGAGGGGGGGGGGGGGGGGGGGGGGGGGGGUUUAGGGGGGGGGAUAAAGGGGUGUGAUUAUAGUUAUUUGUUUAGUAUUUUCUCCUCUUCGUACGAUACUGUAGAUGUACUAUUUAACUAACUUAUUGUUAAAACUGUUUUAAUGUGUUAACGUGUUUUACAUAUGGAUAAGGACGAUAAAUAAACAAUUCACCCUGAAUUGUUGUUUUUCAACAUGAUUAGUUUCAGUAGUUCUGUCUGUUUGCUCUAUGCAGGGAUGCAAAGCUCCGAUCCCUGAGGGUCUCAGCGGCUGCUGAAAUGUCUGGAGCCCUGGGCCUGUAUUCACAAAGUGUCUCCAAGUAGAAGUGCUGAUGUGCGAUCGGUUCCCCCCCCCCAAUCUUGUAACUACAGAUUUUUUAUUUAUUUUUUAAAGGCAAAACUGAUCCUAGAUCAGCAGAGAUGCUUUGUGGACACGGGCCUUGGUGUGAAUGGUAUGGGGUUGACUACAGUCAGGGCCUUGGUGUGAAUGGUAUGGGGUUGACUACAGUCAGGGCCUUGGUGUGAAUGGUAUGGGGUUGACUACAGUCAGGGCCUGGUGGGGAUGGUAUGGGGUUGACUACAGUCAGGGCCUUGGUGUGAAUGGUAUGGGGUUGACUACAGUCAGGGCCUUGGUGUGAAUGGUAUGGGGUUGACUACAGUCAGGGCCUUGGUGUGAAUGGUAUGGGGUUGACUACAGUCAGGGCCUUGGUGUGAAUGGUAUGGGGUUGACUACAGUCAGGGCCUUGGUGUGAAUGGUAUGGGGUUGACUACAGUCAGGGCCUUGGUGUGAAUGGUAUGGGGUUGACUACAGUCAGGGCCUUGGUGUGAAUGGUAUGGGGUUGACUACAGUCAGGGUUUGGCGUUUGAGAAUACAAUACAAUACACGAUGUAGCAGAGGAAUCACAACACAAAAGUGGUCUGAGGACAUUUCCAGCUAGUCUGACGGCUUGGUCUGUAGUUUGAUCUGUAACGUUCUAUUUAACAAAGCAAAUGGCCUGCAAAAGGCAGGAAACACUCAGCAAAGCUUCCACACCACUUAGCGAGAACCCCAGUUUAAGAGACUCAUUUUGAAACUAAAUCAAAAGGUCUUCAGAUAAGGAAUCUAGUAUCUGUCUAGGUUUUUUCUCAUGACGCAUUUCAUUUUCUUCCACUACAUUCUUGGCUUGUCUCCCAAAUAGACCUCGUUUUACUCACUGGGCACACAACAUCACGUGGUAUCUGAGGGUUAAUUGAGUUUUACAGUUGUGAGUGAGUGGACCUGCGCACAGCAUCAGCGAAGAAUGGUGUUGGGAGGGAAAUUUACUUUUAUAAAGCAGCCCGAGGUUUCCGAUAUCUCAAAAUGUUGAAUCAAUCUUAUUGGUGACAACUUUUCGACCACUCAGGUCUUCAUCACCUUUAAUACCUCCACACAGAGAUCUGUUUGAUUCACACUUGAUUCAUGUUUGAUUCACAUAUGAUUCAUCUGUCCUAUCUCCACACAGGGACCUGGUGACGAGCCAGCAUAACCCCGCCCUCACCACCACCCCUUCGAGGAACUUCUUCGCUACAUUCCUGCCCCAGACCAGACGGGUACCUGGCAAGACGCCUCGAGGACUUCCUGGAUCCUCACCAACACAGGCCUCUCUGGGAUGCAAGGACCCCGCAGCCAAUCAAGUGAGACCAUAUGUUCCUCCGGAAAUUAGGACAUUUCUGUUGAGACUGAGACGCUGGAUUUAUAGACCCUUAGGGAUGUGUUUUAAGGGGGCUAGAUAAAGUUUCAGUGGAAAAUCCCUUCCACUCACUGUGUGUGCAGUACUGUGUUAGAUACCUCCCGAGUGGCGCAGUGGUCUAAGGCACUGCAUCGCAGUGCUAGCUGUGCCACUAGAGAUCCUGGUUCGAAUCCAGGCUCUGCUGUAGCCGGCUGCAACCGGGAGACCAAUGGGGCGGCGCACAAUUGGCCCAGCGUCGUCCAGGGUAGGGGAGGGAAUGGCCGGCAGGGAGGUAGCUCAGUUGGUAGAGCAUGGCGUUUGCAACGCCAGGGUUGUGGGUUCGUUUCCCACGGGGGGCCAGUAUGAAAAAGAAAAAGAAUAAUGUAUGCACUAACUGUAAGUCGCUCUGGAUAAGAGCGUCUGCUAAAUAAUGUAAAUGUAAAUGUAGAUAACUGUUACUCGAGUGGCUUUAAACUUAUACCAGUAUUUAGCAGUUUUCACCAUUUAUUUCAUGAUUAGCAGUAAGCAUUUUUCUAGAAAACCUAUUGACAACAUAAGUAUUUACAGUGGGUAUCAUACUGUAAGUAUUCACCCCCCUUGGAUUUUUUUCACAUUGUGUUGCGUUACAAAUUGGGAUUGAAAUAUAUUUAAUUGUGAUUUUUUUUUGUUGGGUCAUUGAUCUACACAAAAUACAAAUUAAUAAGAAAAUGUAUAACUAAAAUAUAGUCGUUGCGUAAGUAUUCAACCCCCUUUGUUUAGGCAAGACUACAUUAGUUCAGGAGUAACAUUUGGCUUAACAAAUCACAUAAUAAGUUACAUGGACUCUGUAUGAAAUAAUAGGGGUUUGCAUGGUUGUUGAAUCACUAACCCUUCCUCUAUCCCCCAUACAUACAUCUCUAAGGCCCCUUAGUCAAGUAUUGAAUUUCAAGCACAGAUUCAACUACUAAGACCAGCGAGCUUUUCGAAAGCCUCAUAAAGAAGGGCAGUGAUUGGUAGAUGGGUAACAAUAACAAAUCAGACAUUGAAUAUCUUUUUAAGCAUGUUCAAGUUAAUAAUGAUGCUGUGGAUUAUAUAUUAAAGAACCCAGACACAACCCCCACCUGUGGACGUCGGGCCCUCAUACCACCCUCAUGGAGUCUGUUUCUGACCGUUUGAGCAGACACAUGCACAUUUGUGGCCUGCUGGAGGUCAUUUUGCAGGGCUCUGGCAGUGCUCCUCCUGCUCCUCCUUGCACAAAGGCGGAGGUAGCGGUCCUGCUGCUGGGUUGUUGCCCUCCUACGGCCUCCUCCACGUCUCCUGAUGUACUGGCCUGUCUCCUGGUAGCGCCUCCAUGCUCUGGACACUACGCCUGACAGACACAGCAAACCUUCUUGCCAUAGCUCGCAUUGAUGUGCCAUCCUGGAUGAGCUGCACUACCUGAGCCACUUGUGUGGGUUGUAGACUCUGUCUCAUGCUACCACUAGAGUGAAAGCACCGCCAGCAUUCAAAAGUGACCAAAACAUCAGCCAGGAAGCAUAGGAACUGAGAAGUGGUCUGUGGUCACCACCUGCAGAACCACUUCUUUAUUGGGGGUGUCUUGCUAAUUGCCUAUAAUUUCCACCUGUUGUCUAUUCCAUUUGCACAACAGCAUGUGAAAUGUAUUGUCAAUCAGUGUUGCUUCCUAAGUGGGCCAACUUUUUUUUUUUUUUUUUCAUACUUCCCACGGGAAACGAACCCACAACCCUGGCAUUGCAAACGCCAUGCUCUACCAACUGAGCUACAUCCCUGCCGGCCAUUACCUCCCCUACCCUGGACGAAUUGUGCGCCGCCCCAUGGGUCUCCCGGUCGCGACCGGCUACGACAGAGCCUGGAUUCGAACCAGGAUCUCUAGACCACUGUGCCACUCGGGAGUACUGCUUCAGUCUGCUUUCCACCAGACACUGGGAGAGGAAUUCACCCUUCAGCAGGGCAAUAACCUAAAACACAAGGCCAAAUCUACACUGGAGUUACUUACCUAGAAGACAGUGAAUGUUCCUGAGUGGCCGAGUUACAGUUUUGACUUAAAUUGUCUUGAAAAUCUAUGGCAAGACUUGAAAAUUGCUGUCUUGCCAUGAUCCCCAUCACCUUGACAGAGCUUGAAGAGUAAUGGGAAAAUAUUGGGACAAUCAAGGUGUGAAAAGCUCUUAGAGACUUGCCCAAGAAGACUCACAGCUGUAAUCACUGCCAAAGGCGCUUCUAUGUAUUGACUCAGGGGGGUGAAUACAUAUAUCAUACUUAUCUAAUCAAGGUACAGUAUACAGUAUUAGUGUUUCUUUUUCAUUAAUCAUUACAGAGUAUUUUGUGUAGAUCGUUGACCACAAAAAAAGCCAUUUUAAUCCCACUUUGUAACACAAUAACAUGUUUUGGAAAACAAACCGCUUUCAUGUAUCUUAUUCUGUGAAGGCCAAGGACCCAUUACCGGUCUCCAAGGAGCCCAGGCCGGUGAAUAGCGCUGGGGGAACCAGCGAGCAGCAGGCCGGGCCCAACUCCCACCCCAGACAGAGACGACACCAGGACCACGAGAAGGAGAGGAAGGAGUUGUUCUCCAAGCCACAAAUUCAGGUUUCAACUCCUGUAUUACUAAGGAAAGGAUGUUGCCUAGUGGGCAUGUUUUGGAUUUAAUUAGCAAAUUCCACUUUCUGUAACAAAGUUCCUGGCUUUACAUUUACAUGCAUUCCCUCCUUGAAUACCCCGUAGAAGUAUAAUGAAGUUCUAUUUACAUAUUACAUUCUAAAGAGAUCAAUUGGUAAAGAGAUCAAUCGACCAAAACAAUGGAAAUGCCAUGGCAACGCCAUUCAAGCAUCAAGUUUUAAUGUCACAUUCACAGUACAGUGAAAUGCCUUUCUUGCAAGCUCUAAACCCAACAGCAGUAAUCAAUAACAAUGUAUUACUAAAAAUAACAAGGUAGAACAAAAACACAAGACAAAUAAAAAUAAGAAAUAAGAACAGGAGAAAGUAGGUAAGCAUACUAUACUGAACAAAAAUAUGAACGCAACAGUUUCAAAGAUUUUACUGAGUUACAGUUCAUGUAAGGAAAUCAAUCAAUUGAAAUCAAUUCAUUAGGCUCUAGUCGAUGGGAUUUCAAAUGACUGGGAAUCAGAGCAUGUGAGCGGAGUUGAUCGGUUCGACAUCCCGCUCAUCGCUCUUGGAGAGGCUGUCCUUUCCUGCCGCUCUGCUAAAAGCUCACAAAAAAAAUAUAUUUAAAAAAUCAUUAAAAUCACAAUUUAACCAACACCCAUCUAUUUUUGUGUAUACGUUACCUGGACCUACCAAUUGGUUUUAAGUAUUGAAACCAAACCAUAUGGAUUUGAAUGAAAAGUAUUUGAAUAAACAUGAAAAGGUGAAUGUAAGAAGCGAACAUCUGGAACUUGGACGUAGACGCAGGGAGUCAGGAAGCAGGUGCAGAUGGUCAGUUUAAUAAUAACGAACAUGGAGAGUUACAAAACAAGAGAAGCGUCUGGACGUGAAAACUGAACCAAUACUGCCUGAGUACUGAGGCUACUGAGGGCUAUAUGAAGGGAGCGUAACCAGGGUGGUGAUGGAGUCCAGGUGUGUUUAACGAUGGGGAGCAGGUGUGCUUAAUGGUGGUUGCCAGGUGUGCGUAAUGAUGGUUGCCAGGUGUGCGUAAUGAUGGUUGCCAGGUGUGCGUAAUGAUGGUUGCCAGGUGUGCGUAAUGAUGGUUGCCAGGUGUGCGUAAGGAUGGUUGCCAGGUGUGUGUAAUGAUGGUUGCCAGGUGUGCGUAAUGAUGGUUGCCAGGUGUGCGUAAUGAUGGUUGCCAGGUGUGCGUAAUGAUGGUUGCCAGGUGUGCGUAAUGAUGGUUGCCAGGUGUGCGUAAUGAUGGUUGCCAGGUGUGCGUAAUGAUGGUUGCCAGGUGUGCGUAAUGAUGGUUGCCAGGUGUGCGUAAUGAUGGUUGCCAGGUGUGUGCAAUGUGGGUUGCCAGGACCGGUGGUUAGUAGACCGGCGGCGUCGAGAGCCGGAGGGAGGGAGCAGGAGUAGUGUAGCGUGACACAUUAAAAUCACAAUUGAACCAACGCCCAUCUAUUUUUGUGACUACCUGGACCUACCGUUCGGUUUUGAAGUAUCUGAAAAGUAUUUGAAUAAACAUGAAAAGGUGAAUGUAAGAAGCGCUCAUCAUUUCAAAUAGGCUACAUGUCGUAUUAAACAGCAUAUAAACACUCUAAAUAGGUCAGGAGACAGACAGGGAGUCUAAGAAGGAAAGACAAUUAAUUAUUUAGGCUAUAUUAUUUAUAUUAUUUCAAGGCUAAAGCCUACACAGAAAUACAUUGUGAAACAUUAGCGAGUGCAACACAAUAGGCUGGUAGGAACAUAAAGCACUCAGUAUUUAAACAACAUUUUGUUGUAUUAAAUCAUUAUAGUCUAUAAAUUGCCCAUAUACACUACCGUUGUAGUUUUUUGGUCCAUUAAAAUAACAUCAAAUUGAUCAGAAAUACAGUGUAGACAUUGUUAAUGUUGCAAAUGGCUAUUGUAGCUGGAAACUGCUGAUUUUUAAUGGAAUAUCUACAUAGGCGUACAGAGGCCCAUUAUCAGCAACCAUCAGUCCUGUGUUCCAAUGGCACGUUGUGUUUGCUAAUCCAAGUUUAUCAUUUUAAAAGGCUAAUUUAUCAUUAGAAAAGCCUUUUGCAAUUAUGUUAGCACAGCUGAAAACUGUUGUGCUGAUUUAAAGAAGCAAUAAAAGUAUCUGGAGCAUCAGCAAUUGUGGGUUCGAUUACAGGCUCAAAAUGUCCAGAAACAAAUAACCUUCUUCUGAAACUCGUCAGUCUAUUCCUGUUCUGAGAAAUGAAGGCUAUUCCAUGCGAGAAAUUGCCAAGAAACUGAAGAUCUCGUACAACGCUGUGUACUACUCCCUUCACAGAACAGCGCAAACUGGCUCUAACCAGAAUAGAAAGAGGAGUGGGAGGCACCGGUGCACAACUGAGCAAGAGGACAAAUACAUUAGAGUGUCUAGUUUGAGAAACAGAUGCCUCACAGUUCCUCAACUGGCAGCUUCAUUUAAUAGUACCCGCAAAACACCAGUCUCAACGUCAACAGUGAAGAGGCGACUCCGGGAUGCUGACCUUCUAGGCAGAGUUGCAAAGAAAAAGCCAUAUCUCAGACUGGCCAAUAAAAAUAAAAGAUUAAGAUGGGCAGGCAGUCUGAGAUAUGGCUUUUUCUUUGCAACUCUCAGAUAUGCUCUAGCCUUUGGGAAUCUCUCUCCAGUCAAAUUGGGCACGCUCCUUGCUCCAGCUCCGCUCACAUACUAUGCCGGGAAUACAGAUAUGCAUCUGGUCACAGAUGCCUUAAAAAAGAGGUAGCGGCAUGGGUCAGAAAACCAGUCAUUGACCACCAUUUUGCCUCAUGCAGUGUGACACAUAUCCUUCACAUAGAGUUGGUCAGGCUGUUGAUUGCGGCCUGUGGAAUGUUUUCCCACUCCUCUUCAAUGGCUGUCUGUGCGAAGUUGCUGGAUAUUGGCGGGAACUGGAACACGCUGUCGUAUACGUCAAUCCAGAGCAUCCCAAACAUGCUUAAUGGGUGACAUGUCUGGUGAGUAUGCAGACCAUGGAAGAACUGGGACAUUUUCAGCUUCCAGGAAUUGUGUACAGAUCCUUUUACAUUUUAGUCAUUUAGCAGACGCUCUUAUCCAGAGCGACUUUACAGUUAGUGAGUGCAUACAUUAUUAAUUUCUUCAUACUGGCCCCCCGUGGGAAUCGAACACACAACCCUGGCGUUUCAAGCGCCAAUUAUCUACCAAAUGAGCUACACGGGGCCAUUAUCAUGCUGAAACACGAGGUGAUGGUGGCAGAUGAAUGGCACGACAAUGGGCCUCAGGAUCUCAUCACGGGAUCUCUAUGCAUUCAAAUUGCCAUUGAUAAAAUGCAGUUGUGUUGGUUGUCUGUAGCUUAUGCCUGCCCAUACCAGAACCCCACCGCCACCAGGGGGCGCUCUGUUCACAACGUUGACAUCAGCAAACCCACGUGAUGCCAUGCACGUGGUCUGCGGUUGUGAAGCCGGUUGGACGAACUGCCAAAUUCUCUAAAACAACGUUGGAGGCGGCUUAUGGUAGAGAAAUGAACAUUACAUUCUCUGGCAACAGCUCUGGUGGACAUUCCUGCAGUCAGCAUGCCAAUUGCACGCUCCCUCAAAACUUGAGACAUCUGUGGCAUUGUGUUGUUGUGACAAAACUGCACAUUUUAGAGUGGUCUUUUAUUGGCUUUAAUCAGCUUCUUGAUAUGCCACACCUGUCAGGUGGAUGGAAUAUCUCGGCAAAUGAGAAAUGCUCUUUAACAGACACAUAAACACAAUUGUGCACAACAUUUGAGAGAAAUAAGCUUUUUGUGCUUAUGGAACAUUUCUGGGAUAUUUUAUUUCAGCUCAUGAAACAUCGGACCAACACUUUACAUGUUGCUUCUAUAUUUUUGUUCAGUGUAUAUACAGGGUCAGUUCCAGUACCAUAUUUACAGUGUGCAGGGAUACUGGAGUGAUGGAGGUAGAUAUGAAUAAAGGUGACUAGGCAUCAGGAUAUAUGAUAAACAGAGUAGCAGCAGCGUAUAUGAUGAUUGUAUGUGAAUAGGUGUGUGUGUAUUGUCAGGAAUACAGUGCAUUCGGAAAGUAUUCAGACCCCUUCACUUAUUCCGCAUUUUGUUAAGUUACAGCCUUAUUCUAAAAUGUAUUAAAUAAAAUGUUUCCCUCAUCAAUCUACACACAAUACCCCAUAAUGACAAAGCGAAAACAGGUUUUUAGACAUUUUAGAAAAUGUAUUACAAAUAUAAAACAGAAAUACCUUAUUUACAUAAGUAUUCAGACCCUUUGCUAUGAAACUCGAAAUUGAGCUCAGGUGCAUCCUGUUUCCAUUGAUCACCCUUGAGAGGUUUCUACAACUUGAUUGGAGUCCACCUGUGGUAAAUUCAAUUGAUUGGACAUGAUUUGGAAAGGCACACACCUGUCUAUAUAAGGUCCCACAGUUGACAGUGCAUGUCAGAGCAAAAACCAAGCGAGUUGAGGUCGAAGGAAUUGUCCGUUGAGUUCCGAGACAGGAUUGUGUCGAGGCAUUUCUGCAGCAUUGAAGGUCCCCAAGAACACAGUGGCCUCCAUCAUUCUUAAAUGCAAGAAGUUUGGAUCCACCAAGACUCUUCCUAGAGCUGGCCGCCCGGCCAAACUGAUCAAUCGGGGGAGAAGGGCCUUGGUCAGGGAGGUGACCAAGAACCCGAUGGUCACUCUGACAGAGCUCCAGAGUUCCUCUGUGGAGAUGGGAGAACCUUCCAGAAGGACAACCAUCUCUGCAGCACUCCACCAAUCAGGCUUUUAUGGUAGAGUGGCCAGGCGGAAGCCACUCCUCAGUAAAAGGCACAUGACAGAAAGCUUGGAGUUUGCCAAAAGGCACCUAAAGUGCUCUUAGACCAUGAGAAACAAGAUUCUCUGGUCUGAUGAAACCAAGAUUGAACUCUUUGGCCUGAAUGCCAAGUGUCACAUCUGGCGGAAACCUGGCACCAUCCCUACGGUGAAGCAUGGUGGUGGCAGCAUCAUGCUGUGGGGAUGUUUUUCAGUGGCAGGGACUGGGAGACUAGUCAGGAUCGAGGGAAAGAUGAACGGAGCAGAGUACAGAGAGAUCCUUAAUGAAAACCUGCUCCAGAGCGCUCAGGACUUCAGACUGGGGAGAAAGUUCACCUUCCAACAGGACAAUGACCCUAAGCACAAUGCAGGAGUGGCUUCUGGACAAGUCUCUGAAUGUCCUUGAGUGGCCCAGCCAGAACCUGGACUUGAACCCUGAUCUAACAUCUCUGGAGAGACCUGAAAAUAGCUGUGCAGCGACGCUCCCCAUCCAACCUGACAGAGCUUGAGAAGAUCUGCAGAGAAGAAUGGGAGAAACUCGCCAAAUACAGGUGUGCCAAGCUUGUAGCGUCAUACCCAAGAAGAAUCAAGGCUGUAUUCGCUGCCAAAAGUGCUUCAACAAGGUACUGAGUAAAGGGUGUGAAUACUUAUUUAAUUUGCUUACAUUUCUAAAAACCUGUUUUUGUUUUGUCAUUAUGGGGUAUUGUGUGUAGAUUGAUGAGGGGAAAAAAACUAAUUUCAUCAAUUUUAGAAUAAGGCUGUAACGUAACAGAAAUGUGGAAAAAGUGGAGGGGUCUGAAUACUUUCCCAAUGAACUGUAAUAAAACAAUUGAUCUAAAAAAACAGAUUUUCCCUAACGAAAAAUACCCCCUACAUUUAUUAUAAUCCACAUAAGAAUUCACACGAGACGCGCUGUAACCUGCACUUAGCCUGCAUAGGCUAUUUGAACUGACGCCCAGUGGACCUGCAGUCUAAGUUAUUGUAGCCUACAGUCACCGCUUCCAGCUGCCCCCUGGCGCCGAUUUCUAAAUAUUAUAUAGACAUUCAAAUCCGCCUGCUGCAGGAUUAGUUUCCUCCUGUGACGAAAUGGGUCAUAUUAAGAUCUGACAUCUGCAUGGAGCAUGAUGGGCAGUAUGGGGGAGGUAUUAUCAACGAGGCUAAAUGAGGCUUGUCUCUUCUUUCAGAUGCCUGAAAAGAGAGGGGAGAGUGGGGACCCAGAACCCCACCCUGAGGGGGGGACCACCAGCAGUGACCUGACAGACACUCCUCCCCCCAGCCAGACACUGGUCAGCGGGGAGGGACCGAGGGGCACAGGGGGGCUGGGGGAGGGACAACCCUUCAUCAAGCUCAGUCAGGAAGAGUACGGCGAGCAUCACUCGUCAAUCAUGCACUGCAGGUAGGACAGCGCCUUUUAACGUUACAUUGAACACCUGUUACAGUCAGCAUCUAGUGGAGUGGAACUCCUGAUGAACACGGGUUUGUUAUUGAUCUGCUACAGUAGCUCUUAGGUAAUCAGACAUGCUAAUCACCGUCACAUACUGUAUAAGCAGACACUUUCCAGUGUCUUAUACCCUGGUGUCCUUACUGCUCUGACCUGGUGACGCGUCAACCAUAGUAGCAGAGCUGUACUGGCCUGACCGUGGAACCAUGCUGGAAAUAAAAUAUCCGAGCUGGAAGUGUGUGUUUCCACGGCCAGUAGGAGGCACUGCCCCAGCCAGGGCAGUUAUUGGGGACAUUGCCCUGUGUAGGGGGCGCCGUCUUUCGGAUGGGACGGGUGUAAGCGGGUGUCCUGACUCUCUGUGGUCACUAAAGAUCCCAUGACACUUAUCGUGAGAGUAGGGGUGUUAACCCCCGGUGCCCUGGCUAAAGUUCCCAAUCUGGCCCUCAUACCAUCAUGGCCACCUAAUCAUCCCCAGCUUCCAGUUGGCUCAUUCAUCCCUGUAACUGUUCCCCAGGUCGUUGCUGUAAAUGAGAAUGUGUUGUCAGUCAACUGACCUGGUCAAAUAAAAGACACGACACAGUAUGGUUCAAUAGUGUGAAAGGGGUAUUAAUGAGGUCCAAGUCCGUCAUGUGUAUUCACUGUCCCCCCCUGUUCAAUAGUGUGAAAAGGGUAUUAAUGAGGUCCAGGUCCGUCAUGUAUAUUCACUGUGUCCCCCUGUUCAAUAGUGUGAAAAGGGUAUUAAUGAGGUCCAGGUCCGUCAUGUAUAUUCACUGUGUCCCCCUGUUCAAUAGUGUGAAAGAGGUAUUAAUGAGGUCCAGGUCCGUCAUGUGUAUUCACUGUGUCCCCCUGUUCAAUAGUGUGAAAAGGGUAUGAAUGAGGUCCAGCUCCGUCAUGUAUAUUCACUGUGUCCCCCUGUCUCCGGUCCCAGGGUGGACUGCUCAGGGAGGAGAGUAGCCAGUUUGGACGUGGACGGGGUCAUCAAGGUGUGGUCCUUCAACCCCAUCAUGCAGACCAAGGCCACCAUCAUGUCCAAGUCCCCUCUGCUGUCCCUGGAGUGGGCCACCAAGCCUGACAGACUGGUAUGACCUCUGACCUCAACCAGGCCUGGAAUUAUGUGAUUUUUAGGGGCAAGGCCAUUUGGCCUUCAAGAGGUGCCCAAUCUGCCAGGGCACCAAGUCCAUAACCAAAAUAGCACAUUAAAUUGAUUUGAAAACCAAAAACAGUUAUUCUGUAAAGAGAAACAUAAGUGUAUGUAAACGUACAUAAAUAAUGACGCUACAAGUUGAAGUGCAGGUGAUAGCCAAUGGUAUUGGCUGUAGUCGGUCAUGUCCAGACCAAUGCUGACAGGAGGGAGGCGGCAGAAAAUAUAGCCACACUUUAAUGAGACUUUUUAAUUACAUGUAUUUAUAGGCUAAACGGCAGUCAUGUUUAACAAAAAUAUAAUGUAGGUCGGAUAAUAUUAACGUCUUAAGGCUUGAUUCUGUCAUACUUGAGGUGUGCUGUUAGUUCAUAUAGGUGAGAAAGGCCAGUGCCUGUGAUGCACUGCAACAUUGCCAUCUGAACGGAGGCAGUCAACAUUUUGAAACUUUUUAACCAGAAACGUAAUUGUUUAAAACCUGGAUGUUUUAUUUUUUUAUUAUGAGGAAUAUCGUACCGUCUUCCGAAAACAUAGGAAUAUUAAGGGGAUUCUUUUAUAAACACUUCCUCAUAUGCCAUUGAAACCAGUAUUGCUCUCAUGUUCUCAACUUUCUUUCGUUGUCCGGCAGCCAAAGACACACAAUCUUAACAACCCAUGCGGAGCGCUUUAGAGAACUGUGUUUUCCCGCAUUUUGGAAGAUUUGCGCUUAUAAUGUGAAGAAAUAGCCUAAUAGUUUAUCAACAUUUUAAGCUAAACGUUCUGAUCUGUUGCAUCAGCCUCAUUGCUUUUAAAAUGUUUAUUUUAUUUUAUUUUUUUACGUACAGCGGAUUUAAUUUGGGAUCUAUUGCCCCACACCUGUCCCAGAGUCUUUUUGGAAUAUUUAUUUAUCGCACAGAAAGACAAGGACUGGCGCCGUUGCAUCCCCGAUGUGUCUGUCUUCACUAGUAGCCUACUUCGGAGCCGCAAUGCCUGUGAGAAGGACCCGAUCACGUGACGGGCUAUGGCUAAUAAGAAUUGAGAUAUCUGAGAAAGCCGUGUGAGUGAGAGGUGCUUCGGAGCAGGGCGAUUGGCAGACGGGAUAAAAUAAUGUAUAAUUACUAUGUUCAGCCACUUUGGCCGCAAGGCACAUAUAUUUAUAGGGGGCAUUACGGCCGUACGUGGCCGUCGAUGCCACCGGGGAAUUCGAGCCCUGACCUCAACACAGCUUCUCUAACCCUAAACCUCUGCUGUCUCUGGAGUGGGCCACCAAGCCUGACAGACUGGUAUGACCUCUGACCUCUAACCUCAACACGGCACAUCAGGGCUAUGUUCAUUAGGGUACAUCAUAGCAAAAAACAAACGUUUCUUAUUGGACAAGUCCCAGUUGUCCCCUACCCUGUUUCAGUCUGUUUUCUUCAGUUGUGUGCCCUAAUGAACACUGUCCGGCCAGGUCUAUAUUUCCAUGUGGUAGUAAUGGCAUCCUCGGUCCUCAGCACCCUGUUCUCUGCCUGUUUGCAGAGUGAUGUGGGGAAAGCGGAAACCCCAUCAGUAAUACUGUCUUUGCUCCUGCGUCCUUAUAGCUGUUGCUGGGCAGUGGUGCGGGUACAGUGAGGCUGUACGACACUGACGCUAAGAAGAACCUGUACGAGAUGGCCAUAGAUGACACUCAUCCACGGUAAGCUGAGAUGCCUCUUAUUCAGAGUGAUUUGACAAAGCGUCGUGGUUGGAAUAAUGGAUAUCUAUAGCAAAAGUCUUCAUGUCUCAUUAGAGUGGGUUGGAUUCCCAGACACAGAUUUAAACCCUAGUCCUGGACAAAAACAACAAUUCUAUGGAGAUUCACCAUCUUCAUCUGUAUCUGGUAAACCACCCCCGAAGAGGUUUGAUAAUGGAAGGCACUACUCAGUGAUCUGUCUGGUGUCUCCUGUCCUGUUGCUGAAGAGGUUUGAUAACGGAAGGCACUACUCAGUGAUCUGUCUGGUGUCUCCUGUCCUGUUCCCGAAGAGGUUUGAUAACGGAAGGCACUACUCAGGUGAUCUGUCUGGUGUCUCCUGUCCUGUUGCCGAAGAGGUUUGAUAACGGAAGGCACUACUCAGUGAUCUGUCUGGUGUCUCCUGUCCUGUUGCCGAAGAGGUUUGAUAACGGAAGGCACUACUCAGGUGAUCUGUCUGGUGUCUCCUGUCCUGUUGCCGAAGAGGUUUGAUAACGGAAGGCACUACUCAGUGAUCUGUCUGGUGUCUCCUGUCCUGUUCCCGAAGAGGUUUGAUAAUGGAAGGCACUACUCAGUGAUCUGUCUGGUGUCUCCUGUCCUGUUCCCGAAGAGGUUUGAUAAUGGAAGGCACUACUCAGGUGAUCUGUCUGGUGUCUCCUGUCCUGUUCCCGAAGAGGUUUGAUAAUGGAAGGCACUACUCAGUGAUCUGUCUGGUGUCUCCUGUCCUGUUCCCGAAGAGGUUUGAUAAUGGAAGGCACUACUCAGUGAUCUGUCUGGUGUCUCCUGUCCUGUUCCCGAAGAGGUUUGAUAACGGAAGGCACUACUCAGGUGAUCUGUCUGGUGUCUCCUGUCCUGUGUCCCGGUGUUGUGUAGGAUCCUGUCCCUGGCCUGUAGCCCCAGUGGUACGUCCUUUGUGUGUUCUGCAGCAGCCCACGCUGGACCCGGGCGCUCUGGCAGUGUAACAGAGACGGUACCACGCUGUCCCAAUCCCCUCCCUGUCUCUGGACAGCUGCUGCUGUGGGACACCAAGACUGUCAAACAGCAGGUACUGCUGUAGGAAACACGUCACACAAACACGUGUACUAUGUCACCCAAACACGUGUACUGUGUCACCCUAACACCCAAGUCCUUGUAGAGGAGGGACACAUCUAUUUUUCUCAUUUACCAGUGUUGCUUGCUGUUAUAGUUUAAAGUUGAAUGGGGCAACUUGCUGGUAUUUCUUAGAACAGUAACUUCAUUUUGCUAAAACAUUGAGAAAUGCAUCACAGUUAUAUAUGCGUAAAUAUCUAGAUAUUAUAGAUACAAUUACAGAUAUGUACUAGAUAUAUAUAUAUAAAUAUUUUACAUGUAUACCCUAGCCGUCUGAAGUUAUAGCCCUGUAGCCUCAUUCAUGUCUUUCCAGUCACUGAACCAUGUGACAUCGCCAUUUCCUGUUUCUGUCCUCAGCUUCAGUUCUCUCUGGAGCCAGGUCCUGUAGCCAUCAACUGUACAGCCUUCAACCACAACGGAAACCUACUGGUGACUGGAGCUGCUGACGGAGUCAUUCGACUGUUCGGCAAGUCACUUUAUUCAUUUACUCUCACUCAUUUGUUGACUGUGCUUAACGAAGACCGGCACUAUGAUGAGAGAUGAAAUAGAUGAUAUGGUAACACUUCUCCUAUGAAUAGCCUCUUCAUAAUGCAUUAUAAUGCUUGACGCACUGUAGGCACUAAUAACUAGAUCUCGGAGUUGACAUAGCUGACUGCAAUGAGGUCUCUGAAUGAAGAGGAGGCUGUGAACAUAGAAUAACUAGAAUGAAAAAGGCCACUCAUUGACUUCAAUGGGGAUUGCUGUUCUAAUAAUAAUAUUUAUAUGGCUGUUAACAUGUGCCUCUAUUUUCUCUCUAUCCUCCAGACAUGUAGAGCUAUGGCCGUGCUAUGAGCGGUUAUAAUGUCUGUAUUUUCCAGACAUGCAGCGUUAUGACUGUGCUAUGAGCUGUUAUAACGUCUCUCUAUUCUCCAUAGACAUGCAGCGUUAUGACUGUGCUAUGAGCUGUUAUAAUGUCUCUCUAUUCUCCAUAGACAUGCAGCGUUAUGACUGUGCUAUGAGCUGUUAUAACGUCUCUCUAUUCUCCAUAGACAUGCAGCGUUAUGACUGUGCUAUGAGCUGUUAUAACGUCUCUCUAUUCUCCAUAGACAUGCAGCGUUAUGACUGUGCUAUGAGCUGGAGGGCCCAUGAUGGGGAGGUGUACAGUGUUGAGUUCAGCUAUGAUGAGAAUACAGUGUUCAGUAUCGGAGAGGACGGCAAGGUGAGUUAACUGAACUCAGGUAGUAAGACGGUACUAACAUGGUAGUAACACGGUAGUAACAUGCAGUAAAUAUGCUACUAACACGGUAGUAAGAUGGUACAAACAUGCUACUAACACGGUAGUAGCACAGUAGUAACAUGCUACUAACACGGUAGUAACACAGUAGUAACAUGCUACUAACACGGUAGUAACACAGUAGUAACAUGCUACUAACACGGUAUAACAUGGUAGUAACAUGCUACUAACACGGUAGUAACAUGGUAGUAACAUGCUACUAACACUGUAGUAACAUGGUAGUAACAUGCUACUAACACGGUAGUAAGACGGUACUAACGCGGUAGUAACACAGUAGUAACAUGCUACUAACACGGUAUACACAGUAGUAACAUGCUACUAACGACGUAGUAACAUGCUACUAACACGGUAGUACUAACAUGUAUAACACUGUAGUAAAUGGUAGUAAAUGCUACUAACUUUUAUAACAUGUUAGUAACUGCAAAUACAGGUAGUAAGAGGGUACUAACGCGGGGGUAUACACAGUAGUAACUGCUACUAACACGGUAGUAAGAUGGUAGUAACAGCUACUAAACCCCCUAGUUAAGAUGGUGGGUAACAUGCUCCCAACAUGGAGAAACAUGGUAGUAACACUAUAAUAACUGAUGGGGGGUUGAAACAGUGUUAGUUAAAGCUAUGAUGAGAUACAGGGUUUCAGUUUUUGGAGAGGACGGCAAGGUGAGUUAACUGAACUCAGGUAGUAACACGGUACUAACAUACUACUAACUAAGGUGAGUUACCUCAACUCCAUAUCAGGUGAGUUUAGUCUCUGUUUAUCAAAAAGCAAAUUAUAAUUUGUGACCAUAGUAACAUGUUAGUAACAUGGUAGUGAGACUGUAGUAACAUGUUAGUGAGACUGUAGUAACAUGUUAGUGAUACUGUAGUAACAUGUUAGUAACAUGGUAGUGAGACUGUAGUAACAUGUUAGUGAUACUGUAGUAACAUGUUAGUGAGACUGUAGUAACAUGUUAGUGAUACUGUAGUAACAUGAUAGUAACAUGGUAGUGAGAAUGUAGUAACAUGGUAGUAACAUGUUAGUGAUACUGUAGUAACAUGUUAGUAACAUGGUAGUGAGACUGUAGUAACAUGGUAGUAACAUGGUAGUGAGACUGUAGUAACAUGUUAGUAACAUGGUAGUGAGACUGUAGUAACAUGUUAGUGAGACUGUAGUAACAUGUUAGUAACAUGUUAGUGAUACUGUAGUAACAUGUUAGUAACAUGGUAGUGAGACUGUAGUAACAUGGUAGUAACAUGGUAGUGAGACUGUAGUAACAUGUUAGUAACAUGGUAGUGAGACUGUAGUAACAUGUUAGUGAGACUGUAGUAACAUGUUAGUAACAUGGUAGUGAGACUGUAGUAACAUGUUAGUGAUACUGUAGUAACAUGGUAGUAACAUGGUAGUGAGACUGUAGUAACAUGUUAGUGAGACUGUAGUAAUAUGUUAGUAACAUGGUAGUGAGACUGUAGUAACAUGUUAGUAACAUGGUAGUGAGACUGUAGUAACAUGUUAGUAACAUGGUAGUGAGACUGUAGUAACAUGUUAGUGAGACUGUAGUAACAUGUUAGUAACAUGGUAGUGAGACUGUAGUAACAUGUUUAGUGAUACUGUAGUAACCAUGGUAGUAACAUGGUAGUGAGACUGUAGUAACAUGUUAGUAACAUGGUAGUGAGACUGUAGUAACAUGGUAGUAACAUGGUAGUGAGACUGUAGUAACAUGUUAGUAACAUGGUAGUGAGACUGUAGUAACAUGAUAGUAACAUGGUAGUGAGACUGUAGUAACAUGGUAGUAACAUGGUAGUGAGACUGUAGUAACAUGUUAGUGAGACUAGUAACAUGGUAGUAACAUGGUAGUGAGACUGUAGUAACAUGGUAGUAACAUGGUAGUGAGACUGUAGUAACAUGUUAGUGAGACUGUAGUAACAUGGUAGUAACAUGGUAGUGAGACUGUAUAAUGGUUAGUGAGAUGUAGUAAAUGGUAGUGAGACUGUAGUAACAUGGGAGUGAGACUGUAGUAACAUGGUAGUGAGACUGUAGUAACAUGUUAGUGAGACUGUAGUAACAUGGUAGUAACUGGAGUGAGACUGUAGUAAACUGGUAGUGAGGGCUGUAGUACAUGUUAGUAACAUGGGAGUGAGACUGUAGUAACAUGUUAGUGAGACUGUGAAACAUGUUAGUACAUGUUAGUGAUACUGUGUAACCUGGUAGUAACAUGGUAGUGAGACUGUAGUAACAUGGUUAGUGAGACGUAGUAACAUGGUAGUGAUACUGUAGUAACAUGUUAGUGAGACUGUAGUAAAAUGGUAGUGGGGACGUAGUAAAAAAUGUUAGUGGACUGUAGUAACAUGUUGUGGGACUGUAGUUAACAUGGUAGUAACAUGGUGAGUGGAGACUGUAGUAACAUGGUAGUGAGACUGUAGUAAAAUGGUAGUGAGACUGUAGUAACAUGGUAUUAAACAUGGUAGUGAGACUGUAGUAACAUGGUAGUGAGACUGUAGUAACAUGGUAGUGAGACUGUAGUAACAUGGUAGUGAGACUGUAGUAACAUGGUAGUAACAUGGUAGUGAGACUGUAGUAACAUGGUAGUGAGACUGUAGUAACAUGGUAGUAACAUGUUAGUGAGACUGUAGUAACAUGGUAUUAACAUGGUAGUGAGACGUAGUAAAAAUGGUAGUUUAGACUGUAGUAACAGUUAGUGAGACUGUAGUUACAUGUUAGUGAUAAAUGUAGUAAAAAUGGUAGUAACAUGGUAGUGAGACUGUAGUAAACAUGGUAGUGAGACUGUAGUAACAUGUUAGUAACAUGGUAGUGAGACUGUAGUAAAAUGUUUGUGAGACUUUUAGUACAUGUAGUAAAACAUGUAGUGAUACUGUAGUAACAUGGUAGUAACAUGGUAGUGAGACUGUAGUAACAUGGUAGUGAGACUGUAGUAACAUGUUAGUGAUACUGUAGUAACAUGUUAGUGAGACUGUAGUAACAUGGUAGUGAGACUGUAGUAACAUGUUAGUGAGACUGUAGUAACAUGUUAGUGAGACUGUAGUAACAUGGUAGUAACAUGGUAGUGAGACUGUAGUAACAUGGUAGUGAGACUGUAGUAACAUGUAGUGAGACUGUAGUAACAUGGUAGUGAGACUGUAGUAACAUGGUAGUAACAUGGUAGUGAGACUGUAGUAACAUGGUAGUGAGACUGUAGUAACAUGGUAGUGAGACUGUAGUAACAUGGUAGUGAGAUGUAGUAACAUGGUAGUGAGACUGUAGUAACGUUAGUGAGACUGUAGUAACAUGGUAGUGAGACUGUAGUAACAUGGUAGUAACAUGGUAGUGAGACUGUAGUAACAUGGUAGUGAGACUGUAGUAACAUGGUAGUAACAUGGUAGUGAGACUGUAGUAACAUGGUAGUGAGACUGUAGUAACAUGGUAGUGAGACUGUAGUAACAUGUUAGUGAUACUGUAGUAACAUGGUAGUAACAUGGUAGUGAGACUGUAGUAACAUGGUAGUGAGACUGUAGUAACAUGUUAGUGAUACUGUAGUAACAUGGUAGUAACAUGGUAGUGAGACUGUAGUAACAUGGUAGUGAGACUGUAGUAACAUGGUAGUGAGACUGUAGUAACAUGGUAGUGAGACUGUAGUAACAUGGUAGUGAGACUGUAGUAACAUGGUAGUAACAUGGUAGUGAGACUGUAGUAACAUGGUAGUGAGACUGUAGUAACAUGGUAGUGAGACUAGUAACAUGUUAGUGAUACUGUAGUAACAUGGUAGUAACAUGGUAGUGAGACUGUAGUAACAUGGUAGUGAGACUGUAGUAACAUGGUAGUGUCACACUAGUAACCAAGUUGUAACAUAAUAGUAUCUGAUUGGCUCUAGAUUAGAUAAGUGUCUGCUAAAUGACUAAAAUGUCAACGUUACAGUCACUUACUGACCUGGUAGCCAAAUAGUAACACAGACAGAAAGAGAAAGGGGGAUACCUAGUCAGUUGUACAACUGAAUGCAUUCAACUGAAAUGUGUCUUCUGCAUUUAACCCAACCCCUCUGAAUCAGUAACAUAGUAGUUAUAUGGUAAUUACACGGUAAUAACCAUCUGUAAUUGUGUGUUUUCCAGUUUAUCCAGUGGAACAUCCACCGAUGUGGGGAGAAGCAGUUCGAGCACUCCCUGCCCCAGGAUGCCACGGGGCCCUUUGUGCUGUCUGGGUACAGUGGGUACAAGCAGGUCCAGGUGCCACGCGGACGGCUCUUCGCCUUCGACUCGGAGGGACAACACGUCCUCACCUGCUCCAACAACGGAGGAAUCAUCUACAGGGUAAAGGCUGCUUAAGAGUUUAUUUAUUUUUUAUUAACCAUUUCCUAUUUUUUUGUCUGUGUCCCAAAUGGCACCCUAUUUCCUUUAUGGAGCACUACUUUUGACCAGGGCCCAUAGGGGUAGUAGUGUACUAUAUGUAGGGAAUAGGGUGUCAUUUGGGACGCACACUAAAAUACGAACGGUUCAAUAAAACCUAAGGUAGUAAGGCUGCUUAGAGCAGUGGCUCUCGAACCUCUCCUCAAGGACCCCCCCAGAUGUUUCACGAUUUGUGUUGUAGCCCUGAGCUAUUUCACCUGAUUCAAGGAGUCAAGGGCUUGAUGAUGAGUUGACCAGUUGAAUCAGGUGUGCCAGCUAUGGAGUAGAUCAAACACGUGGAACGGCUGAGGGUCCCCAAGGAAAGGUUUGAGAACCACUGGCUUAAAGUUUUUUUUUGAAACCUUUUCGUAUUUUUUAUGUAGAUACAAAAACAGAGAGGGAGAUGUGGAGGAGAGAAGGUCAGAAGGUGCUUUACAAGGGUGGACCCUGCUCUCAUGUGGUGUAUUCACUAGGAACCAGUCUAGUCCCCCAGUCUAGUCCCGUGUAGCUCAGUUGGUAGAGCAUGGCGUUUGCAACGCCAGGGUUGUGGGUUCGUUUCCCAUGGGGGACCAGUAUGAAAAAAAAAAAAAUAUGAAAAAAAAAAUUUGUAUGCACUCACUAACUGUAAGUCGCUCUGGAUAAGAACGUCUGCUAAAUGACUAAAAUGUAAAAAAAUUAACCAAACGGAAGCAAACGGGGAGGAAACGUUUUCCGUAGCAAAAGACUAAUGAAUACACCCCUUGGCAGUAGCGUAGAGCCAGGAGUGUCCCCACUCGCUUGACCAUGACUCAGUACUACAGUUUUAGUAAUGCCAGCCUGUGUGUGUGGCUCAAUCCCAAUAGCCCUCCCCUCAGUAGGGGAGUGUCCCUCAGUGGGGGAGUGUCCCUCAGUGGGGGAGUGUCCCUCAGUGGGGGAGUGUCCCUCAGUAGGGGAGUGUCCCUCAGUGGGGGAGUGUCCCUCAGUAGGGGAGUGUCCCUCAGUGGGGGAGUGUCCCUCAGUGGGGGAGUGUCCCUCAGUAGGGGAGUGUCCCUCAGUAGGGGAGUGUCCCUCAGUAGGGGAGUGUCCCUCAGUGGGGGAGUGUCCCUCAGUAGGGGAGUGUCCCUCAGUAGGGGAGUGUCCCUCAGUGGGGGAGUGUCCCUCAGUAGGGGAGUGUCCCUCAGUGGGGGAGUGUCCCUCAGUAGGGGAGUGUCCCUCAGUAGGGGAGUGUCCCUCAGUAGGGGAGUGUCCCUCAGUAGGGGAGUGUCCCUCAGUAGGGGAGUGGCACUGGAAAACGGAGCAACUAUUGGUAGGGAGAGAUAAAUAACCCUCGGGAAUGGGACAUCACUACAUCACUCUAGGGAAUGGGACAUCACUACAUCACCCUAGGGUAUGGGACAUCACUACAUCACCCUAGGGCAUGGGACAUCACUACAUCACCCUAGGGAAUGGGACAUCACUACAUCACCCUAGGGAAUGGGACAUCACUACAUCACCCUAGGGUAUGGGACAUCACUACAUCACCCUAGGGUAUGGGACAUCACUACAUCACCCUAGUGAAUGGGACAUCACUACAUCACUCUAGGGAAUGGGACAUCACUACAUCACCCUAGGGAAUGGGACAUCACUACAUCACCCUAGGGUAUGGGACAUCACUACAUCACCGUAGUGAAUGGGACAUCACUACAUCACCCUAGGGAAUGGGACAUCACUACAUCACUCUAGGGUAUGGGACAUCACUACAUCAUCCUAGGGAAUGGGACAUCACUACAUCACCCUAGGGUAUUGGACAUCACUACAUCACCCUAGGGUAUGGGACAUCACUACAUCACCCUAGGGUAUGGGACAUCACUACAUCACCCUAGGGAAUGGGACAUCACUACAUCACUCUAGGGUAUUGGACAUCACUACAUCACCCUAGGGUAUGGGACAUCACUACAUCACCCUAGGGUAUGGGACAUCACUACAUCACCCUAGGGAAUGGGACAUCACUACAUCACCCUAGGGAAUGGGACAUCACUACAUCACCCUAGGGAAUGGGACAUCACUACAUCACCCUAGGGAAUGGGACAUCACUACAUCACCCUAGGGAAUGGGACAUCACUACAUCACCCUAGGGAAUGGGACAUCACUACAUCACCCUAGGGAAUGGGACAUCACUACAUCACCCUAGGGAAUGGGGACAUCACUACAUCACCCUAGGGAAUGGGACAUCACUACAAUCACCCUAGGGAAUGGGACAUCACUACAUCACUCCUAGGGAAUGGGACAUCACUACAUCACCCUAGGGAAUGGGACAUCCCUACAUCACCCUAGGGAUGGGACAUCACUACAUCACCCUAGGGCAUGGGACAUCACUACAUCACCCUAGGGAAUGGGACAUCACUACAUCACCCUAGGGAAUGGGGAAGGGACAUCACUACAUCACCCUAGGGAAUGGGACAUCACGGCAUCACCCUAGGGAAUGGGACAUCACUACAUCACCGUAGGGCAUGGGACAUCACUACAUCACUCUAGGGUAUGGGACAUCACUACAUCACCCUAGGGAAUGGGACAUCACUACAUCACCCUAGGGAAUGGGACAUCACGGCAUCACCCUAGGGAAUGGGACAUCACUACAUCACCCUAGGGAAUGGGACAUCACUACAUCACUCUAGGGUAUGGGACAUCACUACAUCACCCUAGGGAAUGGGACAUCACUACAUCACCCUAGGGAAUGGAACAUCACUACAUCACCCUAGGGAAUGGAACAUCACUACAUCACUCGAGCAUAUCAGAAGCCGCCAAUGGAUAGCCUACCACGCAAUUCAUUGAGGACGAGCCUUGUGUUUUUCACAAUGCCUGUACUUAUAUUUCUCAUGCAACAAAUACACUACUGGUAAAAGGUUUUAGAACACCUACUCAUUCAAGGGUUUUUCUUUAUUUUUACUAUUUUCUACGUUGUAGAAUAAUAGUGAAGACAUCAAAACUAUGAAAUAACACAUAUGGAAUCAUGUAGUAACCAAAAAAGUGUUAAACAUAUCAAAAUAUAUUUUAUAUUUGAGAUUAUUCAAAUUGCCACACUUUGCCUUGAUGACAGCUUUGCACACUCCUGAUGGAUUUGGAUACUGCUUUAAAGCACAUUUCAGCAGCAUUAGUAAAGAUUUGAUCAAUACAUGUUGAUGAUUUUAUUCCUGUGCUGUUUGUAACUACCCUGGUAGGUUGACUGAUAACCUGAACCAGGUUGCAGGCACCAGUUACAGUUUGAAGCAUUUUCAUCAGCUUGAUGAAUGCCAGUCAAUAUUUAAAUUACCCAGAAAAUACACCUCUCUGUUGACAUACUUAUCAACAUUACAAGCAUCCAUUUACAUGAUCUGUCAGCACUUGGUGGCAACUCAGCGACACAAUGGUAGGGAUUAACUGAGCUGGGCUUGGGUCAUUGAUAAGUCAUUGUAUCAACGCAGCCUUAUAAUGUGAAAGGAUCCAGGAACCCAAAUGAUUUGGGUGGAUCCCAUCCUCCUUAUAAAACUAGCUUUGUUUCCAGAAGGUAUCAAAAUUGUCAAUAAAUGUUACACCCACAGAGCUUCAAUAGUCUCAAAGCCAGUUAUGGAGGGCUAAAAGUCUGAUGAAACGUUCAAUGCCACGAUUUAGGGAGGGCACAGGGCCAGAUAUUAUGGGGCGUUUGUUGAUAUCAAGCAGAAACCCAAUCAGUUCUUUAAAAUCCAUCUUCAGCUUUUCUGAGCUGCCCUUCAUAAUGUAAUUGAAUCCCACAUGAACUAUGAUAGACUCAAUUUCCUGAUGCAGGUUUAAAAUGUUUGGGAGCAGCUUAUUGAUGCCCAGUACUCGUGCUCCUGGAUAGCACAACGUUUUUGCUCCAGGGACUGAGACAUUUGUCACCAUUGAACUGCCCAACACAACGGCUGGAGAAGGGGAUGGAGGAAUCUGAAACCCUCACACAAUUUGUGGAACCUUUCACGGGCCCGUGAGAAGUAGGAUAGCAUACGCCCGCUGCUCCCGGCGACAGGUCCAGACCUCCCACAGCAGCCAGUGCCCCUUCAGAUCCAGAGAGAGGGAAAGGAGCCGAACUCGACGACGAAGCCGCUGCUGGAGUCGGCACAGCCGUCGCAGACACAGGCAGUCCCAGCAACGAAGGCGCAGGUAGAUCCCAAGCUAACAGGCGAGCCACAAACAGGUAGAUCCCAAGCUAACAGGUGAGCCACAAACAGGUAGAUCCCAAGCUAACAGGUGAGCCACAAACAGGUAGAUCCCAAGCUAACAGGUGAGCCACAAACAGGUAGAUCCCAAGCUAACAGGUGAGCCACAAACAGGUAGAUCCCAAGCUAACAGGCGAGCCACAAACAGGUAGAUCCCAAGCUAACAGGUGAGCCACAUACAUGCAAAUAACGGCGCAGUACAACAGUGAUGUGCAGAAUGGCAUCUCGGAACGCACAACUCGUCGGUCCUUGUCACGGAUGGGCUAUUGCAGCAGACGACCACACCGGGUUCCACUCCUAUCAGCUAAAAACAAGAAGAAGCGGCUCCAGUGGGCAGGCCAUCACCAAUACUGGACAACUGAGAAGUGGAAAAACAACAGCCUGGUCCGACGAAUCCCGGUUCCUGUUGCGUCAUGCUGAUGGCAGAGUCAGGAUUUGGUGUAAGCAGCAUCAGUCCAUGGACCCAUCCUGACUGGUGUCAACAGUACAGGCUGGUGGCUUAAUGGUGUAGGGAAUGUUUUCCUUGCAUACGUUAGGUCCCUUGAUACCAAUUGAGCAACGUUGCCGUGCCCAAAAUAAUUCAAGCUGUUCUGGAGGCAAAGGGGGGUCCGACUCUGUACUAGAUGGGUGUACCUAAUAAACUGGCCACAUAGUGUAUAUUUCUACUAUGAGUUUGGAAUAAUAUUGUGAAAUUGUAAAAAUUAUGAUAAUGCCCUUUUAGUAUAAGAGCUGUUUGAAAAGACCUCCUGAAAUUUCAGCCUGUUUUGGUGGGAUGGAGUUUUGGCCUGGCUGUUGACAUCACCAUGUGGUAAAUUAGUUCAUAGACCAAUAAGAAAGAGAGUUCCAAACCUCUCUGCCAAUAACAGCUAGUUUUCAGUUUUCCCCCUCCCCACUCAGACCCCUCCUAAACGGUCCUAGCAAAUUUCUUGCUUGAGAAAUUGCUCUUUGAUAAGAAGCAUUUUUUUAACCAUUUUAAUUGACAGUAAGGUAUUUAAUUGUUCCCUAGAAAUGAUCUGAUAUUGAGAUAAAAGCGUCUACAAUUGGACGUUUAAAGAUUGCAGGCGAGCUUACCGUUACUCCUUAACAUCCAAGGACCUUAUAUGUUAUGUUUAGAGGGAGACUGGCUCUGGCAGCCAAAACAGCCAGAUACUCCAUCUAAACGUGAAGCGAUACGGUUCUAGAAACAUAAAGGCCUUUACUUCCAUAUCACAUCAAAAUAAUUUCACAAAUGCAAAAUGUUUUAACCAGGUUUAUUUUUCUGUUACAUUUUUCUAGCGUCCUUCCUUCUGUUACACACAGGAGUUCGGAACAUGCUAGAUCAGUGGUAUACAAUUUUCUAGCCUUGGGUCGCAGAGCUUCAUGGGAAUUUUGAGUACCACUCAGUAGGAAGCCAGCAACUCGAUUCGCUUAGUUUGGAAUCACUAGGCCCAACUAGAGGGCUGAAAAGGCACUACACCUCGCUCAAAGUUGAAUUAGGACAACACUCCCACUUCAAACGGCUCGCAGGAUCGCUCAAAACAGAGGCUAAGGGGGCUAUUGGGAGUGGUGUGUGUGUGUGUGUGUGUGUGUGUGUGUGUGUGUCUGUGUCUGUGUCUGUGUGUCUGUGUGUCUGUGUGUCUGUGUGUCUGUGUGUCUGUGUGUCUGUCUGUGUGUGUGUGUCUGUGUCUGUGUGUGUGUGUCUGUGUCUGGGUGUGUGUCUGUGUCUGUGUCUGUGUGUGUGUGUGUGUGUCUGUGUGUGGCUAGGAGGCUCCGUUUGAACAGCACUAAUACAAAACCUCCUGCAUGAGAGUGAAACCUAUUAUUUGUCGACUACCACAUUAAUUUAAUACCAAUGGAUCUGUACAGUAGCUGCUGCUGCUGCCCCGCUGCCUGUGAACCGUUAUAUAUUAUACAGUCUCUGCUGUGAAGUGAACAGAUCUCUUUAAGACUGGAUGUCAUGCAGGAGAUGUGUAUUAGUGAUGGGGCCAGUGGAGCCUCUCCCAGCUACAAUAAGCAGACUAUCGGUGUGUAGUAGUAAGUACGGCACCAACAUUACAUUUUCAUUUGUCAUUUAGCAGACACUCUUAUCCAGAGCGACUUACAGUUAGUCCAUCUUUAAAGCUGGAAUCCGUAGCGGUGAAACUGCCACGUCUGUUUGCGAGAUUACAACAACAAAGACGAUACUUCAAACAAAAACAAAAAAAUUCCCCUCUCUGACAUCAUUGCACAUCAUUGUAUGCGGGAUACAACAGCAGAGUAUGUACUACACGUUUUGUUUUACGUAGAUGCUCCUCCUCCUUUCAUAAACAAAGCAAUAACAAAUGUCCCUGGGUGUUAUCAGUGGCUUCGCUUAAUGGGCAUUCCAUCUUUAAGGCAUAGCCAUAGGAAGUCAAUUCUUCCCUCGAUAGAAGUAGCUAUUGGCAAAAUCAGUGUUGACAAGAAAAGACAAGUGUGAGAGUUAGUGCGAACAAGGCAAGGGUUGUUUUUUUUGUUUGUUGCCCUGACUGUCUGUGUGUGUCUCCUCUUCUCCUUUCCAGCUGAACAGCUCCAGUGAGAGUGGUCUGGAGAGGGUUCUGCCCCUGGGGGGCCACAAGGCCCCCGUGGUCACAGUGGACUGGUGCUCUGCCAUGGACUGUGGCACCUGCCUCACCGCAUCCAUGGACGGAAAGAUCAAACUCAGCACGCUACUGGCACAGAAGUCCUGA